CUGUGGUCUACGGCACCCUAGGCAUGUCGAUGGAAGUUGCCACUUCGACAUGCAAUUCAACGAUUUCCAUCUGAUCUGACUCAAACCCUCACUCCUCGAUGUCCUCUAUUUUGCCUGUUGACUGCACUCUUCCAUCUCUGUUUGGGACUAAGCACUGCUCAGUUUGGGGACAUUAGUCUUCAUUCCACGCGCAGAUGUCCGCGUCCUGACGUAGUCUCAUCGCCGGCCUCCUUAGUUCCACUAGCUCGUCCAUCCACGUGGGACCAUCUUCGAUGCUGGGAACGCUCAUGCCCUUCAUGUGCGUCUUGGGCCGAGAAGUACAUGGAGAAUGCGAUCUUUGCUGACUGGGUCAGAUCGAUGGUGGGGCCAUCCGACACCGCUUUCCAUUUCCUGGCUCAACUGCAAUGCACAUCCUCGACCUUCCGGCCGAGCUGCUCAUCGCGAUCAUCGUGCACCUCCCUCGCCACCCCGAGAAAGACUACACGACAGUCGACGAAUCCUUGCGGAAUCUCGCAGGCGGCCACCUCACGCCCCUCUCGCUCGUGUGCUCGACGUGGCGACGCGUCGUGCAAGGCACCCCCUCUCUCUGGGCCCGCAUCACCCUGCAUGGGCCCGUGUGGGAAAUCUCGCUCCGCCGGGGCAUGCACAUUCUGCGCACCUCGCUCUCGCGCGCAGACACGCAUCCACUCGACAUCGUCGUCUCCUCACCGCCGCACCGUCCGGCGCUCGAUCUGCUCGCAGCGCGCGCAGAGCAGUGGCGCACGCUACGCAUCUUCUGCUAUGCCCGUGAUCUGCGGUAUCUUGGCUCGCUGGGCCGGCGUUUCGCGGCGCUGGAGAGUGUGGAUGUGCGGGUCGACGGUCUGCGCUGGGAUGGGGGAGGCCCGGUCUCUGAAAUGGAUCUUUUCGAGCACUCGGUGAAGCUGCGUGCGAUUUCCGGGUCCUCUGCGUACAUCCUGCGUUUACCGUCGCUGCGGGUGGAGAGAUUGCUUUUCAUUCGCCUGGACGAGAUAGACCGAAUGAGUGUGCCCCGUAUCCCUUCCGUGAUGGCGAGACUUCCUGUGGGAUCGACGUGUGUGCUGUCCUUCGCGAACUGCUCGAUCUUCAUCGACAAAUCCGUCUCCAAUCCACCACCGCACGCGACUUCGCUCUCGCAUGUCCGUGCACUCCAUCUGCUGGAGCUCGAUCGCGGCAACAGCUGGCAUAACAUCAUCAGCAACCUAACGCUGCCUGACCUGGAGCACCUCUGCCUCUCGACUCAUGACGGCCUGCGGUCUACACGGCUCGCCGUCCAGUGGGCGGCGUCGGUGUUCCUGAGCCUGGCGAGCCGAUCGGGUUUUGGUCCUCGACUCCGCACGCUAUGUUUGCACGGCGUGUUUCUCCCGGAGAGUGAUCUCAUAGCGUGUCUGGAGGCCUUACCUGUCCUUGAGAGUCUCGCGCUGGCGGACCAUCUAAAUGGUGUCACGUCCGACCUGACCAUGUCCCCGGUCUAUGCGGUCACCGAUCGGCUUCUCGGCGAGCUCACCAUGCGAGCACAGACUCUCGUUCCUUGUUUGCGUCUUUUGCACUGUCGCACAUUGCUUGGGUUCCAAACCCAAUCCUUGUUGGCAUUUUUGGUGUCUCGCAUGAUAGAAGAUGGCACCUGCUUCGCAUGCAUUCUGGAUCAACUCGGUGGCCCGCAGGAUGAGGUGCCUAUUGAUCUGGUCGAAAUUGAGAUACUGUGCUCAACGGGGAAGCUCGCUUUCACGCUCAGCAAUCGGAGCCCAAGCGUUGUAGCCGCAUUCGAGGUGUCACACGACUAGAGACAUGUACUGCGACUUAUUCCAGUCGUUUCCUUUUCUGGAUUACACACUUGCGUCGGCUGCACAUCCGUUCCUUCUUGCCCUAGCAUGUUUGAACGGUGUGAAAGCACGUGGCGCGUAGACGACGAUGCAGACAGUAUUAGAGAGCUCUUCGACGAUGGGGUGGGACCGGGUCUAUUUCGGAAACUCGAGCAAUCCUUCCGUGAAUGAGAGCUCUGAGCAUAAAUAUGUCGAAUCCCGCCAUCGUGAAACACCUUCCAUACGCUGCGCCUUUUCUCUAUGCGGGUGUUCCCAACAUGUAGUCACAAAUAAAUACAAAGUUACUUGAAGCGGCACAGGUGGCUAUAAGCAGCGUCUCAAUCGAUGUCCAAGGAGUCGAAUCGGCCGCAGAGAAGCACGAAAGGCAAGAUGAAUCUCAUGAUGGCUCAGGGAUGGUGGGUAAAGCGCGACGUGGGCGCAUCCAGU